AUGGAUCGCGUCAACAGCACGAAUUUUUACACCAACUUUCACUUUCUGAAGAAAACUUGCAACUUGGUUUUUCUUCUCACGCGAGAUCGCGAUGAAUUUAAAAAAANAANAANANAAAACAGAAUNGAAGGAGGCGAUGGCCCUUCGGCCGUCACUACUACGCCAAAUAUUAUUAAGGCGGCACAAGAAGAAAUAGGACGAUUAGAUGUAUUAGUUUGUGGACAAUGUCAUUCAGUAUUUCAUUUUGUGGAGGAACUUCAGGAACAUCACACAAAGGAAGGGGCCUGUCCCAAAGUGUCCCAUUAUCGUGAAAAUAACGAUAAUGGACAAAAAGCACAGAUUUGGGCAUUUUUGUUAUGGAAGGAUUCACAUAUCCAGCAGGAAGGCUUAGAUAAGAAUUCCACUAACGCGUGGAAGAUGUAUCAGAAAUGGUGUAAACUGGAUACGCACAUAAGAGAUUCCUGGAUCGUUGCUGGAAAAACAAUACAAACCUUUACAAAAAUAAGCACUACCAAGAUGCAAGAAACACCAAUACAAGUUCAAUCAAAUGAAUCAACAACUACUACUACCACAACACCUGAUGGUAAAACAGUAGUAUUCCGCAAAAUUGUGAAGAACGGACAACCAGAGGAGGAAACAACCGAAGCUGAAAAAGAUACUGUAAAGUCGGAAACAAAACCACCACAGAAAAGUGAACCUAUGGAAGUUGAAGUAGAGAAGAAGGAAAAACCGAAAAUAAAACCAUCAAUAAAGCCGAAGAUUAAACUUAGCAAAGCAGGUACUGAAGAAAAUUCUGAAUUGAGCAAUGAUGAGUAUAUUAUCGAGAAAAUUUUAGCUAAACGCUUCAAUCCAAAGAAGAAAUGUCCGGAAUAUUUGAUAAAAUGGGAAGAUCACUCACACGAUAGCAAUACAUGGGAGACUGCGGAAACUGUAUCAGCUUGUAAAGAUAUGGUGGACGAGUUUGAACGUAGUCUCGCUAAGCAAAAGGAGUUGAAAGCUCAGCAAGCAAAUGCGAAAAUCGUGCAAGCGCGUGCAAACGUAUCAGCCCAAAAAGUGAUAAAAAUUGAAGCUAGUAAACCUGGACCAAGCACAGCUCCUCAAGUGGGACGACCAAUGCGUUCUAGUAAAUCGAAAGCAAUGAAUCAAGUUAAACAAUGGGUUGGAUCGAUGAAAGACGAAGAAAACGAAUUAACUGGUAAAAGAAGAAUUGACGAUUCGGACAGUGAUUCGGAUGAUGUAAUAACUGCAAAGAGAACUAAAGCUGAUACCGGCAGUGACGAUGACUGGACCGGAGAAUCUGAAGAUGAUAGGCUGAUUGGACGCAGCGACAUGAUUCAACGUGCGUUCAGCCGUGCUCAUGCGCAAUCCAAUGGUUCUAAUAGAGCCUCGGUCUCUUCCACCGAUCUGGCUACUUCGUUGGGAUUACAGUCUCCCGAAGGAAAGAGUAGUCAGGCACCUGUUUUAGUAGCUAACGCCAAGGGAGUAGUUAAAGUUGAUCCCAAACAGAUGCCAAAUUUAACUUCCGGCGUAUAUCUUAUGUCCCGUAAGGAUGGUAUCAUUAAAUUGGAUUCAUCGCCCAGCGGUAAACUAGCGGUCAAAGGAUCUCCAACUCCGGGAACAACUCCUGUUUUAAUCGGAGUUCAAAAUCGUGAUAAUAUAGUGAGAAAACAAAUAAUUUCGACGUCACAAUCGAAUUCUUUGACACCCACGGUGAAAGUGGUUUCGAAGGUAGAUGGAAGCUCGACAGUAUCGCAGAUGAAGAUGAUCCCGUGUAAGCCUGUGACACCAAAAACAGGAGGUACACAGAAAAUAGAGCCUAUAAAGAUUCAGCCAAAACCUGAUCCCGCGACGCAAGUGCCCCAGAUACACGUUGUGACCGCAGUACAAGCACCAAUAACUUUGCAGCCGAGAAUAACUACAGGUAUAAGACCUGCUGUUGCCACGCCCCAACGUCCGGUCGAUUGUCGCCCUUUACUGCCUAGACCGACACUGCGCACAGUGAGUACUAGUAGCGUUCUCAAUACUAGCACCAUUCGCACACCAGUUAAAGCACCAGCGCCAAAACAAGUUCAAACACCAGUGACGACGCGCCCGAUUGUGCAGAAGCGCACGACAACAGUCGUAAGCACACCGGCCGCUUCACCGAAUUCCACAAGCACGGUCACGCAAAAGCCAAAAGUCACAGGAAUUAUAGCAUCCCCGCAAACAGUCGUGCAAACUGUGCACGCCAAACAGGUAGUCAAACCUGGAACCAGUCCGAUACAAUCACAACAACAAACAAAAUCUUCUCCGAAAACACCAUUGGCCAAGACACAAUCGCUGUUAACUCCGCAGCAAAAGCUGUUAAUAGCAAAGAAAAAAGCUCAAGAGGCAGCGGGCAUUAUUAAAGCAAGCGGUCGUGGACUUUUAACAGGUGCUCGUGCUGGUGUGACACGAAGCAAGGUGAAAAGUACUGAAGGAAUUGCUCAAGUGGGAGCUAAAACCAAGGAGAGUAAAUUGGCAGAAGGUGAUGGUUUGCACAUGGAGUUCCACGAAGUUCAUUCAGAGGAAAGUAGUAGCGAAGAUGAACCAGAUUUGCCACCUGUUCCCGAACCAGACGCUAUCACAGCUCCGGAACCUGAUAGUCCGCCGCGUCCGUUCACAUUGUGCCCCCUCACAGGACGUAUAAUAGGACCAGAUGGCGAACCGAUCGAUCAACCGGAACCAGAACCCGAAACGACAACAUCAUCAACGACGUCAACCACAGCAAAGACAACUACUACGUCGUCUGAAUCUGCAACAGCGGACACCACAGUUACCACCAGUGCCGAAUUAACUCUACCUUCACUCGACUCGCUCACAGAAAGCGGCGGUAUUAUGAGAGUCGAGAUGAGCCCCGGUGGAACAACUGGGACCAUCGUUCAAACUAGCGAAACACCAACAGCACAAAUCAGUCUGUCGACCGUGACAGUGUCCGCACCGGAUUUACCUUGUCUGGAUGAUACUGCGGUGAACGCUCCGGUUUCUACAUCCGCAGCAACGACUUUGACAGAAACUCCUACUUCCACUGCUCCGGAAAGUAAAACCGAAACGUCAAUUACUACGGCACUGUCGACGAUUACAACAUCUACUGUCACUAACAUAACUGCGACAUCGGCCGAUGUCAAAUCCGACGAAAAGAUAACUGAAGAGAGCAAAGUGACGACGGCCGAUGCUUCCAAUCUAGUUACUAUAGCUGAACACGGUGUUGUCUAUCAGGUAGCAGGCCAGGCCGAGGAUGGACAGACGCUUUUGGUGGCUCGUGGUGCUGACGGCGAACAGCAAUGUGUAUACGUUACCACGGAGCAACAAGGAGACGAGGGUUCCGUUUUGACUUUGGAUCACGCAGUUGCUGAGGCUGUGGCACAACUGAUCCCCGAUCAGGUGAAUCUCACACCUCAAUUUUAUGUUAAGGAAGAUGGGGCGGAACCAAACGAAAAUUCAAUGGUGAUGUCUAUAAUGGAUAACGCGAAUGCGGCUGACGUGACUACUACUACUCAGGAAGAUAAUGAAACACAGGCGCAAGUAGUAGCCCAAGUAGUACAAGCUGAUGAACCUACUCCAGGGGGAACUAGAAGAGUAGUGCUGCUCUUACCAGACGGAAAUUUAAUGAUGACAGAGGUGGAUGAGGAGCAAUAUGCUGCACUGGAACUUGACAAGUGAAAACACAAUUGUGGCGUAUACCGAGAAAAAAAAUACCAUAAUGCAUCGAACUAUAUGCUACGCGCAAACUGUACGAUUAAAACGUAAUCAUAAAUUGUAUAUAUAUAAGAACGUUGAUUUCUCGUACAGUUGCACGUCUUCAUUAUAUUCAGCGGUUAGAGCAUCGUCAGACGGAGAAACAGCUACAUAUUGUAUAAACAAAAAAAAAAUCACAUCCAUCAAAAAGAAUUUUAGAGUACGAGUUUUAGAAAUGUAUGUCUCAGUGUUAUGUCUGAUAUUUCCAUUUGUUUAUUGUUUAUCUUUUAUGUGCAUCAUUAAAUAAUGCACACAGAUACGAGAGGAAGUCAUAAAGAAGUUCCCUAUUUCAUUUUCAUGGAUAUAAGAUUUAUAAGAUUUGUAAACUAAGCAAAGCUAUAUUUUUGUUUUGAUGAUGACAUAAAGAAAGAAGUGCAGACGUGAAUUAUGUUAAUUGAAGAUAUCUUAUUUACUUACGCAAGUGAAACUUAAUUUCUUGAAAUAGUUAUUGGUAUGUGCGAUAUAUGUUCAAAAGCGAAUAUACUGAACACAACUAUACAUUUAUAUCAGUUGAAAAAACAAUAAUAUACAAAACAUAAAUAAACAAAACUAUUUAAAUAUAAUAACUUAAAUGUAACACUUUACUUUAUUUUAAGAAAUACAUAAAGAUUGAGGAAAUAUUGUUUUUUUUGACUUUCCCUCGUACAAAGAUAAGAAAUAGUACUUUCAAUGCAGUGACAUGUAGUAUGUUCGCAGUAAACAUUUGUAGGAUAGUGAAGUAUGAUAUGGGAUUUUAUAUUUUCCAAACAAUAAGCUUUGGUAAAAGAAAAAAAUACAAUCUUAUUCACACAUACAAAUGUCCAAGGUGAUGGUGUUAGUCAUCAUGUUGGACGCACUUAUAUCACACACACACGUACACACAUACAUAUUACUGAAUUAGAUUUACUUCGUAAAUAAAGCGAUAAAAAAUAUCAAAAUAUUACACGAAAAGAAGUUUUUAUCUUAAACUUCAACUUGUGCACACGUUUAUGAUUGAAAUAAAAACAAAAAUUAUUCUUGUAUGAAUUAUUUUGACUGAUAGUUUAUUACGUAUUCGUUGUAUGAAUGUUUUUUUUUGUAUGACGAAUUACCUGUUUUUAUAACGGAGCCGGUUAAAUAGAAUACUGUGUAAUGCAGAUUGAAGACUCGUUGUAACACUGAUUAAUAAGAGUGAAAAUAAUGGACAUCAUAGAUAUAUGAUAAAAUCAUACAGUGUUAUUAAACUAUAACAUAUAUACUGCGCCAAAAAUUACUUGUAUUUACAACUACUAAUCUCACAUCACUGCAUGUUUUCUUGUACGACAAAGAUUUAAGCAUCUAUGUAAAAUUCUCUAUUCAAAAUCGAAUCACUUUAUCGCUACAUUCAAAAUCUUUAUCGUACGACAAAAAAAAAACGCAACGAUGUAAUUUUUUUGGCGCAUGUACAUAUGUAUUGCCUUUUUACAUCAUUUAUACAUAUGUGCCUUUGAUGUGCAUUAUACAGCAUAUUAAGGUGCGUCUAACUAAAUUCGUUAUUGAUGUUAGUUGGACUAUGUAUGCUCUUAUCUGUAGGAUAAAUAAGCGCACUUCAAUUAAACACUUAUAAUUUCUAAAAAUCUAUAAAGCUUAAAAUACAAUGUUGUUGAACAGAG